AGAUCUAUUUUGAAAUGUACAAGGAAGGCAAGAUUUACAGAUCAGUGAGCACAUAGAGAGAGACUGGAAUGUGACGGAGAGCCAGAAACUGCGAGGAAGUGUUGUGGGAGGGGAGAGACGUACUCAAAGGGCCGAGCUGCCUCCACCGGAACUCAAUCCUCCAAGUCCAAUCCAAGCGUGAAUCCUUCCUCCCUCACUUUUCUUCCUUCUCAAUCAACUUUCAUUUUCCCUUUUCCAUUCUUUUCUUUCUUUUUCGUCCCUUUCUUCCACAUUCGCCCUUCAAAUUGGCAACCUGUUUGCCGCACAGAUUCAUAUCUCUUCCUUUCUCCUUUCUCUGAAUCUGCCGCGUCGGGUUCUCUGGCUCCCUCAGAUCUGUUGUCGGUGUAGCGGUUAUUCCUUGGAGAUUGUUCUAUAUCUCGUGUUUAUUCGGUUUAAAUUAAUCUGAAUUGUUUUGUUUUUGGAACCCUCCGCGCGCGAUAGAAGAUGGAGAACGAGAAGAAGUCGUCGGCGAUUUCUGAUGUGGGAGCAUGGGCCAUGAACGUUGUCAGCUCUGUUGGGAUCAUCAUGGCCAACAAACAGCUCAUGUCCGGCAGUGGUUAUGGUUUCAGUUUUGCCACUACGUUAACUGGGUUUCACUUUGCUGUAACUGCUAUCGUGGGUCUAGUGUCAAAUGCUACCGGUUAUUCUGCGUCAAAGCAUGUGCCUCUGUGGGAGCUUCUGUGGUUCUCAGUGGUUGCCAAUAUGUCUAUCACAGGGAUGAACUUCAGCCUCAUGCUAAACUCGGUGGGGUUUUACCAGAUAUCUAAACUGAGCAUGAUUCCAGUGGUUUGUGUAAUGGAAUGGAUACUUCAUAGCAAGCACUACUCAAAGGAAGUGAAGUUGUCAGUCCUGGUCGUAGUUAUUGGUGUUGGUGUUUGCACUGUAACUGAUGUAAAAGUUAACUUCAAAGGUUUCAUGUGUGCCUGUGUAGCAGUUUUAUCAACAUCUUUACAGCAAAUUACAAUAGGUUCUUUGCAAAAGAAAUAUUCAAUUGGAUCUUUUGAAUUGCUGAGCAAGACAGCUCCUAUUCAAGCCCUCUCUCUUCUUAUUCUUGGUCCGUUUGUUGAUUACUUCCUUAAUGGCAAGUUGAUAACCAACUAUAAGAUGACCACUGGUGCAAUUUUGUUCAUUCUUCUUUCAUGCUCACUUGCUGUAUUUUGCAAUAUGAGUCAAUACCUCUGCAUCGGACGCUUCUCAGCCACCUCCUUCCAGGUUUUAGGUCACAUGAAAACUGUAUGUGUCCUGACAUUGGGGUGGCUGCUAUUUGAUUCGGAGCUAACUUUCAAGAAUAUCAUGGGGAUGAUUCUUGCCGUUGUUGGCAUGGUAGUUUACAGUUGGGCUGUAGAGGCUGAAAAGCAGGCAAAUGCCAAGGCCGCGUCCCAUGUCAAAAACAGCCUGACAGAAGAAGAAAUCAGACUAUUAAAAGAGGAGGUUGAAAAGAAACCUUUGAAGGACGUUGAACUUGGUGAGACUAAAGGGUAGAAUGAAUCAGGUUUUGGUGGUAUGAUUUGUUAGAAAGGGAUCCGCAGGCAAUGUUAAUGUGUUCUAUUUGUUUCUUC